AUGGACAUUAAAAGAUCUUUUAAAAAUUAUACACCAGAAAACAUUUAUAAUUGUGAUGAAACAGGACUCAUAUUCCGAGGUUUACCCGACCGGACACUAUCGAUUGGAAGUAAAAAAAUGAAGGAUAGAAUAACUGUAAUGGUAUCCUGCAACAUGACGGGUUCGAACAAACACCCAUUGAUGGUCAUUGGGAAAAGAAAGAAUCCUAGGUGCUUCAAAGGAAUCAAAACACUUCCAGUUAACUACGUUGUCAAUAAGCCAUGUGAUAUGGGGAUCAUAAAAAGUCUAAAGCACAACUACAGAUUGGCAUUUUUACAAAGAGUGAUUGCCGUAAUUGAUUCAGACGAUGCCUGUCUCAAAUCCGUUGUGAAUUCUAUCACUCUUUUGGAUGCGCUACACAUGCUCAAAAUGGCUUGGAGGGAAGUCAAAAUAGCAACAAUUUACAACUGUUUCCGUAAGGCUGGAUUCCAUGAGGAAGUGGGGGAAAAUAUGUUUAGUGACAUUGAAUAUGACGAAAUAACGAUGGAUGUUGCUAAUGAGGAUGAAGAAUGUAUCGGAAUCAUGUCCGAUGAAGAAAUAUGUUUAAUGUCAAGAGAUAUUUCUUGUGAAGGCGAUGAAGAUCCCAUACCCGUGAAAACAACCAGUUCGGAAGCUAUGGGUGCAUGCAGAUUAAUACGCCAGUUUCUUACUAACAGCGAUUUAACAAAUCAAUUAGUUGAGUUGUUGUGCGUUCAAAAUGAUGAAAAUGAAUUUAAGAAAGACCAGCCACCAAUUAAAAUCUUAAUAAACAUGAAAAUACGAAAAAAUAAGGUUUUGAAAAAUAUCCAAAAAGUAUUAAAUCGUUAG